GGCGUCACACACGGAGCUACGGCGUCAGGGAGUCAAGUUAAGUCAAGUCAGUUUGAAGGAAAGCGAGAGUCUACGGAGAGCCAAGGGUGCUUCUUUGUUACGGUUCUGCUUUUGUUCUGUUAUGUACAGAGGACAGCGCGCUUCGGUCUCACUUUACGUGUCUACAGAUCCUUCUGCUCUCUAAAGUAGGUCUGAUACCUCUCAGGUGACUUAAUCUACAGGACUUUCUGGUCUUCAGGCAGAGCAGAAUAAGGCUUUUCGGACCCCUGCUCCCAUAGCAGGGCCCUGCAGACCAGCACCGCCGGUUCAGGCCUUCUAUACCUGACCCUUCUCUCCAGACAUCCACUGUCUGUUUUGAGCAGUGUUAGUGGCAGGCCUUCCAUAAGGCAAGCUGGAAGUCGGGAAUCUGGAGGACAGCCGGCCUGCAGCCUUCCUUCUGAGGCACAGGGGCUGCACGGCUGGCAUGAGCCCUCGGAAGCCCACGGGGGGCGAUUCCGCAGCGUGUGCGGGCAGCAGUGACCACUGCCCUGACUGCACGCAAAAUGGGGACAUGGUGACAGAGCCUGAGCAACAGAGAGACAUGGAGGAAGACGAGGAGGAGGAGGAGGAGGAGGAGGAGGAGGAAGAGGAGCAGAAAAGCUCUGAUGAAGGUUUCAUGGGCAUGACGCCGCUGCUGCAGGCCCACCACGCCAUGGAGAAGAUGGAGGAGUUUGUGCACAAGGUAUGGGAGGGCCGGUGGCGCGUAAUCCCUCACGAUGUCCUUCCCGACUGGCUGAAGGACAACGACUUCCUGCUGCAUGGCCACCGGCCUCCAAUGCCUUCCUUCAGGGCCUGUUUCAAGAGCAUAUUCAGGAUCCACACAGAGACGGGCAACAUCUGGACUCACCUUCUGGGCUGCCUGUUUUUCCUCUGCCUGGGCAUCUUCUACAUGUUCCGGCCCAACAUGUCCUUUGUGGCACCCUUCCAGGAGAAGAUUGUCAUCGGCGCAUUCUUCCUAGGGGCCAUCCUCUGCCUGUCUUUCUCAUGGCUCUUCCACACAGUUUACUGCCACUCGGAGGGGGUGUCCCGCGUGUUCUCUAAGCUGGACUACUCAGGCAUCGCCUUCCUCAUCAUGGGCUCCUUCGUGCCCUGGCUAUACUACUCAUUCUACUGCUCCCCGCAGCCCUGCUUCAUCUACCUGAUCGUGGUCUGCGUUCUGGGCCUGGCUGCCAUCACUGUGUCGCAGUGCGAUUUCUUUGCCACGCCGCAGUACCGCGGUGUCCGCGCCGGGGUGUUUGUGGGCCUGGGCUUGAGCGGAGUUGUCCCAACGCUGCACUUCGUCAUCAGUGAGGGCUUCCUGCGAGCCACCACCAUGGGGCAGAUGGGCUGGCUGUUCCUCAUGGCCACACUCUACAUCACCGGCGCCUGCCUGUAUGCCCUCCGUAUCCCAGAGAGGUUCUUCCCUGGCAAAUGUGACAUCUGGUUUCACUCCCACCAGUUAUUCCACAUCCUGGUGGUGGCGGGGGCCUUCGUCCACUUUCAUGGCGUGUCCAACCUGCAGGAGUUCCGUUACACAGCUGGCGCUGGCUGCACAGAGGAGGGAGCUCUGUGAGAAGCUGUUGCUUGUGGCACUGACGUUCACCACCAGGGGGAGACAGCUAAGCAGCCAGUCACCGUGUCUUCAUCCACAGAGGAUGAAAAGAAGACUUUUUGAAGACAAGGUUUCUUCUCUUUGGGAAAACUACCUAAGUCUUGUUUUUCUUUUUCUAAGUAAAUAAACUGCACCAACCAGAAACGUUAAAGAAUUGUAUGUAUAGCUAAUUGAAAUAGUUGCUGAAUCCUUAUCAAUAUUCUGAAAGCAAGACUAUUUUACCAAUUGCCAUAUUAACAUAUGGGAAGAAACUAAAGAGCAUUUACAAAGCAAAAAAAAAAAAAGAAAUUCUUGACUUAUGUGUGAAGAUUUUUCUUCUUUUCCUCUCUUCUGCGUUGGAGGAGGGUAGCUGCUUUUAAAUAGUUUUUGUAAAUAAGAUUUCUAACUUUUGGGUUAUAUAGAUUUGUAUUAUAUAUUUAAAGACAAAAAAAAUAAUCUAUGAAAAUGGGAAGAUUUGAAAUGUCAGAUUUAAAAUGAAGGUAAAACAAAACCAACAAACAUAUGCAUAAACCAGUUUUUUUUUUUUUUGGCAGUUGAGUUGUGUUGAAAUGCCACACAUGGUGUUGGGUUAGGCUUUGUGUAACAAGGUGAUAUUUCCAGGGGGGUGGAUGCGGGUUUGGGGGUGGGCAGAAAAGAGCCAGUUUGACCAGUGUUGCAGGUGUCAGAUCCUUAGGGGAGGGGGGGUAUGCGAGUGACACCUGUGGAAUGUCCUGUAUUCGCAGAAUCUCCCCUCAAGGGGGAGAUGCUGCUUGCCAUGACAUAAGCAGCUCAUACUUGCAAGACCACAAGAUGCCAUAAUAAAGGAAGGGGCCGUUUCCACGCGGGACACUUGAUCUCCUGUGAUCAUAACAACCUUGUUGCAUUUGCUGGGCUUCCUGCUUCCCUCCAUCCUGGGAGAAACAAUGAAUUCAUCCAGACGUGGAGGUUGAGCGCCCCCUUGUGGCUCGUCCUGGGCUGCGCCUGUGAGGCCAAGGAGGGUGUCCUUCUGAAACUGCUGCUUUGGAAGUCAGCUGCUGCAGUGUAACCUGAGAUAUUCUGACUGUAGAGGCCGUAGCUGCCCUGCGCCUGUCUGUCUCCCCCAGUGGGCGUCCUAUACCCAAAGCAUCUGGUGCUGAAGGGAUAAAUGUAAAAACCUAGUCUGUGAGCAACCAUUUGAGAGAAGUGGUUCUCUGAGGAGGUUCUGGGUCUAACUUGGACCAGAAGAACAUGUGGGGUGGUGUAGCGUAUGUGUGUGUUCCUUUUUUUUUUUUAUUGUUUUGUCUUUAGUUUUUUUCUUCGUGUUCCCAUAUGUUAGUUUAUACAAAGAGUGGUUCAGCUUAAGGGGUUUAUAAUUAAGCCUGCAGAGACUCCUACAUUGGUGGGGGUGUUUUAGUUCAGCCCAGCUGAGCUAGUGCUUAUGGGAGAUGUAGUGGGCUGAGAACUGCAGGCAUGUCUCCUUAUGGGACUUGGGUGUAGCAUGCAUAUGUGGCAGGCUGACUUGGUCUCUGUAUAUUCAGCAACACAGAGGUGACCCUGUCCUGUCGUACAUUUAGGAAAGUGCAGGCAGCAGUGAUCUUAACUCGUGUAUGUGGGCUGUCGUCCUCGAACCUUUUUCCCUUCAUCAAGAAAUGGGAGCCGUAGCAGCAAUGCUGAAUCCCCCUAGUCUGAAUGGUGCAUCCUGAGCAGCAGGUUAGACCAGUCCACCCCUCAACAUUGAAACCCUAGAGGAAGGCCUGUUCUGUGCUGAAACCAGAAGUUUGGGCUCCUCCCAACCCCCUAGACGAGGAUUCUCUUUUUGGUCUGUUUUAGCACCAAGAGUUUUGCGCAUGAGAACCUGUGGCCGCCGUCUAUGGGACCGAAGGCUGCCGUCAGAGCGUCACCAUGCAUUUGACUUCAGUUGGACGCAGGGUUCUCUAUUUCCGUUUUUGUUUUAUCGUUUUGUGUUGGGGUUUUGGGUUUUCUACUUUUUAAUCUUCCAGAGUUGAGGCCUUUUUCCCAUCUGAUGUGGAAUUUUGAGUCGGCAAAUGCAUCAGAAUCGGCCGCUGUCUUAUUAAUUUAUUUAAUUUCUUUUUUUCUGUUUGGAAGUGCAUAUUGUUUGUUGUUUAAGCACACAUGGUUCUUAAGUGUGUGAUUGCAAUAUGAACUUUUUAUCUGCUGUACUGUUCUAAUAAAAGUUUUUGAAUCUGUAAA